AUGUCCUUCUCCCCGCUGUACACUCCGCCGACCGGUGCGGACCGUGACCUCUCCACACUGUCCAACUACUUGGAGAUCCGCACCACCCAUAUUGAUUUGGUGUGGGCGAUCGACUGGACGGCCAAGACGUUUGGCGGCAGCGCAGCGCUUGCCUUCGAGGCGGUCACGGACGUCGACGAGGUCGUGCUCGACACAUCGUACCUCUCCGUCGAGGCAGUAGAUAUCGAUGGAGCUAAGGGCGACUGGAAUCUUGAUGAGCGGAUCGACGUCAUGGGCCAGGCGCUACGUGUCAAGCUGCCCAAGACUCUCAAGAAGGGCGAGACCACGCAGAUCAAGGUCACGUACUCCACGACCAAGGACUGCACGGCGGUUGGAUGGCUCAACCCAGUCCAGACCAAGAGCGGCAAGUACCCGUACCUCUACUCACAGGCCCAGGCGAUCCACGGCCGUUCCAUGCUGCCGUGUCAGGACACGCCAGCUAUGAAGGCGACUUACAGCUCGCGCGUGACUUCUACGCUCCCCGUGCUCAUGUCUGCCCUCCGCAAGUCGCCGGCCCCCGACCAGGAGCUCGAGCUCGGCAAGAGCAUCGAGUACGUCUACGACCAGCCGGUCGCGAUCCCGAGCUACCUCAUUGCCAUUGCGUCCGGCGAAGUCAUCUACAAGGCGUUCCCAGACAUGGAGGGGCGCAACUGGCGCACGGGCGUGUGGACCGAGCCGCUUACUAUGAAGGAGGCGUACUGGGAGUUCGAGGAGGACACUGCCAAGCAGGUCGCGUGCGCCGAGGACCUGACGUCGGCGUACCGUUUUGGCGUGUACGACUUCCUGAUCCUUCCCGACUCGUUCCCUUAUGGAGGCAUGGAGAACUGCUGCCUCACGUUCGCCACACCUACUCUCCUUGCACACGACCGCUCGCUCGUCGAUGUCAUUGCUCACGAGAUUAGCCACUCGUGGUUCGGCAACAGCAUUGGUUGCGCGUCAUGGUCGCACUUCUGGCUCAACGAAGGCUGGACGACGUACCUCGAGCGCCUGAUCAUCGGCAAGCUACAUGGUGAACCCGCGCGUAACCUCUCGUACAUCAUCGGCAAGGUCGGGCUAAUCGAGUCGCUGAAGAGCUACGAGAAGACGCCGCGCUUCCAGAGCCUGAUCGCAGGAUACAAGGAGCACGAGGACCCCGACGAGGGGUACAGCCAGGUUCCGUAUGAGAAGGGCUCCAACUUCUUGCUCUACCUUGAGCGCACGGUCGGUGGACUCGAGCACUUCCUGCCGUACAUGAAGGACUACGUCAAGACGUUCACGAACACAUCGAUCACGACCGAACAGUGGCGCGAGCACCUCUUCGACUACUUUGGCAAGCAGAAGGACUCGGAGACGUACCUCAAGCAGCUCGAUAAGGUUGACUGGGACGCGUGGCUGCACGGAACAGGGGUCAAGCUCCCGGUGGAGCUGGAGUACGACGACUCGCUUUCGAAGCUUUGCCUCGAGCUUGCUGCGCGUUGGGACAAGGCAAGGACAGACAACGACUUGACUCAGUUCUCGAAGAAGGACAUGGCGGAAUUUUCAUCCGAGCAGGUGUGCGUCUUCCUCGACAAGCUGGGCGAGUACGAACCGUUCCGGCCAGCGACGGUGCGCGCUCUCGACGAACUGUACGACCUGAACAAGAGCCACAACGCGGAGAUCAAGCUGCGCUUCUACAAGGUUGCGCUUAUUUCUGGCCCAGAGUACUGUGACAGUGCUGCGAAGUGGGUUGAGACCAAGGGUCGCAUGAAAUUCUGCCGGCCGAUCUUCCGUCUCCUCAACGUGCAGGACCACGACCUCGCAAUCAAGACGUUCAAGGCACACGCAAACUUCUACCACCCCAUUGCGCGCAAGAUGAUUGCAAAGGACCUGGGGGUUGAGCUGUGA